AUGGAGACAUCUUCUUUUCCCAGACAUCCUGUCAUGGAUUUAUUUCCACGACAAUACACAAAAAAAAUAAUUGGUUUAAUUUUGCUUAACGGGUACAAAAAUAAUGAAAAAAUUCGAAUAACUACACAACUUGAUUACCUGAUUUGUGAUUUUACUAAUGAAAACUUAUUUAUCGAAGGAUUGUACCAUCAUCGAAAAAAGAGCAGUCUAUCAAAAACUAAUUUACAACAUAUAUUCGAAAUUAUAUGUGGAACUUCAGAUGUUUGGAAACAUAUUAAAUCAGAUAUAUCAUCCUUUAUUUUCUGCAUCAAUAGUUCUACUACUGAAAAUGAUUUAAAUUGGCUGUUUUUAAGAAAUAUGCGUUUAAGCAGUGACAAGAAUAUUAGAGAUAAUUUAUUUAUAGAAUCUGACGAAAAAUCUUUGUUUUCACAAAUCACAGGAGCAAAAACCUAUGUGUUCAACAAAAGUCAUCAAGAAAUUAUAUCUGAUCUUCUUUUAGAAUUCACUGCUAAAAAUAAAUGGAAAAUUGAGAAAAUAUUUAAUAUGAGUGAAAAUGUAGUUGAUAUGUUGAAGCUAUGUAUUAAUAGACUAAAAUUAAUUUUUUUUAAAGAAGCAAAUUUAGAUAUAACUUUAAUGACUUUAAUGAAAGAAGUUCAAAUUGAUCAAACAGAUUUACCAAUGUAUGCGUAUUUUUUGCAACAACUAGAAAAAUUUUAUGACAAGGAAGAAAUAUUUGUACCUGAGGAUGUAGUUCAACUUAAAUAUCAAAUGCAUCUAGAUGCUGUAUUCACAUCAGUUGAUGAACAAAUGUGUUCAAGUGCUGCACAUCCGUCUUUUAAAAUUGAAGAUUCUAUUAAUUUUCACUUGAAUUUAUUAAAACUAUUUCUUCUUCAUGGCUACCAACAACAAGAUGAUUUUCGUUUAUCAGCAGACAAUCAACUUGCUGGUCACUUCGAUGAUAUUGUUUAUGAAACAGCCCAAAAAUCGAUUCUGUUGCGAGCAAAAUAUACGGCAUUUGGGAAAACACUACCGUACAACAAAAUUUUCCCUUUCGAUCUCUAUAAUAAAAAUUUUACUAUUUUUAAGUAUUUGAAAUCACUUACUUUGAUAGAAGAGCAUUUUAAAAACAUUGAAUCCCUUUCGCACUGUACCAAUGGUAGAAUUGAUUUGAGAAAUAUUAACUCAAAUUUGAAAACAGAAGUUCUUAAAAACGAUUAUAAAUUAGAAGUAGGACAAAUGGAGGAUUGCAUGAUAGAAAUAUAUUUAGAACAAAACCAUAUUUUAAAUUUGUUUGGUACUACAAAAUGUUAUAUGUUUAAUCCAAAAUAUCAACACUUGUUGGGAGAACUAUUUUUGACCGGAACUGAUAUAGAUAGACAAUAUGUAAAUAUAUUUUUGAAUAAAUUUCAAUUAUAUUCUAUUGAUCUAAAACACCUAGAAAAACAAGUACAACAUUUAUUCAAAACAAUCGAUAUUUUGGAUUCAACAAUACCACAAAAGAUUUCAUUUAGCGUAUUUUCUGACAAUUUAAAAAAAUGGUGGUCAAAGUAUACUACGAAACAUUCGUUUCUUCGUCCCCAGCAUGUUUUAGUAUAUGUCACUGUAAAUAAUGGGUUAGAAAUUAUGAUAAGACAAAUUAAAGGACAUGUGCACUUCAUUCUUAGUCAACAAAAAAGACAAAAUAUAAUAAUUUCAUUAAAAAACCCAUUUACUUACGAAUUACACCUGUUAAAGGUUAUUCAAAUAUUGGCUAGUUUUGGUAUACUACAUGACGAAGUAUUAUUCAUAGAUCACACAAAGUCCAUAGAUAUUCAAGCAAAAAUGAUACGUGCUUUCGAUCUUCCAGAAUAUAGUGUUCUUGUAAUUACUCUGUUUCAGUUUUCCUAUAACCAUUUGAAGGAUACUAUAAUUGAAACAAUACGGAAUAAUAACAUCCCAAAAGAAUACAAAUCGAUAGUAUUUUUAACAACAGAUAGUUAUCUGCAUAUAAAGGUAAAGCAAGAUAUAGAGAAAUAUUUUGACUUUGACGAAAUAAAUGAAGAAAUAACAUUUGACAGCUUUUCUCCCAUAACGAAAAAAUUUAUAUUAGAAAAGAAAAUUAUUUUUAAUGGAUAUGAUUUCUGCUUGCAAGAUGUUGUUGGAAAUGAUCCGAAUAUCUGGCCAACAAUUUUCGAUGAAGUUAUGUUGCAUAAAAUAAUUUUUAAUGAUAGUAUUCAAAUGCAAUAUGUUUUAGAUGAAGCAAAAUAUGAAAAUUAUGACUCCAAAUUAUAUAUUUCAAGAUUUCUUAAAAUUUUUAACAAAGUAAUAACAGAAGAUGACUUCCUGCAAAAUAUUGCUUUAAAAACUUAUUCUAAAGUAGUUUUAUUGGUUGGAGAUGCAGGUAUGGGAAAAACUACAUUUUUAUCUAGGCUUCAAUAUCUGUUAAGCACUAAGCCUUACUGGAUUUUUAAAAUUAAUUUGUGGGAAUUCGAAUACUUAUUUAAAGCGAAAGCUCAGGAUAAUGUGGACCACAUACAAUUCGAGGAAUUCCUGACAAAAGUACCAUGGUUAAAAGAAGACACAUUUGAACGAAGAGUGUUUUACCUUAAAAAUAAAGUUAUUGUUUUACUAGAUGGUAUUGAUCAAAUACCUCCAAAUUACUCGAAUAUAUACUUGCAUACUUUGUAUCAUUUGACUCAACAGAAGAACAUUGCAAACAUUAUUGUAGGUACUAGACCGUAUAUCGUACAAAGUCUUUUGACUGUAGUUACUGCUGAUAUAUGCCAUUUGGGACCUAUUUCCAAACUAGAUGCCACUAUGUUUAUCUACAAAUACUGGAGUAAUAUUCUUGAGUUGAAAGAGAAUGGUGAAGAGGACAACACAUAUAAGGCAUACGCAGAACAGUUGGUCAAACAGAUGGAAAUUGUAAUUCCUUCUUCAACAGAAAUCCCGUUAGAAGUUAGAAUGAUUGCAGAAUAUUUUCUGAACAUGGAAGACAAAGAUAAAAUUAGUAACUUAAUAUCAACUAAUAUUUAUAAAAAUAAUAUUGACAACAAAUUUGGACUUAAUAAAACAUUAGAUUUGGAAACAAUAGAAAAUGAGCAUAUUAAAAAAUCGAUUAAAUGUAUAUUUGACGAGGUUUAUCAUAAACUCUUUAAAAUUCUUGAUACCCCAGACAUAGACAAAAACGUAUUAUAUGAAUUUGGAAUUAUAAGCGAAAUAGAGGGACUUAGCUAUUUUUGCCAUAGAACCUAUGCAGAAUAUUUUGUUGCUAAACAUAUCUGUGACUUGUUAAAAGAAGAUGAACUUACAACAGAGAUGGCUGAGUUUAUAAUAAAAGAAAUUUUUUUAAGUUCGUUCAGCUACAAUAUUAAUCUUUUAAUAGAUAGUAUGCUGGAGACUAAAAACAUACAGGAACAUGUAUUUGAGAUAUUUGGAAGAAUUACUGAAAAUACUCAAAAUUCUCAAAUACUUAAAAUAGCCGAAGACAGAAGAGACAAUAUUCUGAUGUUGAUGUUAGCCAAAUGUAGGAAAUGCAAUGGGCUAUAUUCUUAUGAUGAAGAUACCUUUACAGUAACAAACAAAAAUGAAAACGUAUUAGAUUACUUAAUAAAUCACAGUCAUCACUUCGAAAAUAUAGACGGUCAUCAAAAUACGAUACUACAUUUAGCUAUUUUAAAUAAUUCAAAAGAAACUGUAAGAUCUCUAGUUAAAAAAUCAGAUAUAAUUAACCAAAAAAAUAAUGAUGGCGACACACCGCUUCAUCUAGCAGUCAAAAAAGGUUAUAAGGAUCAAGUGCAAUUACUAAUCGAAAAUGGUCACCCUGCAGAUGAUGUCAAUAAAGAUAACGAAACUCCACUUCUUGUAGCUCUACGAAAUAAAGAGGAAAUAAUUGCCAAAAUGCUUUUACCAAAAACAAGUAACCUUAAUAGCGUUAGCGAACUUAAUAAAACCGCCCUUCAUUUAGCAGUAAAAUGGAACUUAUCUUCCCUAGUUACUGAGCUAUUAGAUGGUGGCAUUAAAAGUGAAAUAGCAGAUAUAGAAGGCAAUACUGCCUUGCACGAAGCGGUUAAAAACAAUAAUUUGGAAAUAGCUAAAAUAUUACUAAAGAGAUAUGCCUUUGACAUCAAUAAACCUAAUCAUAAUGGAGAUAGUCCCCUGCACUUAGCUGUGCGAAGCAAUCGAACAGAAUUAGCAGAAUAUUUACUAGCGAACAAUGCUGACGCGCUGCGUAAAAAUUUACUCGGUAAUACUCCGUUACACGAAGCUGUGGAUCAAAAUGCAGAGCUGUUAAUAUUUUCACUUUAUAAUAGGGAUGAAGAGAGCAUUCACAUAAAUAAGAAUGGUGAUACACCAUUACAUUUAGCAGUAAAGAACAAGUUACAGCAUGUUGUAGAAUGGCUUUUAGAUAAUAAUUGUGCUGUACAACCACAGAACUUUUCUGGUGACACUCCACUUCAUAUAGCAGUCGAUAAUAACUAUAAAGAUAUUAUACAUUUGCUUACUGGUAGAGGUGGUAAUGUUAAUAUUAAAAAUAAUAAAGGUAAUACUCCUCUUCAUUUGGCUGCAAAGCAUAAUUUAAAAGAGAUAGUAAAACAUUUAUUAGAAAUUAAGUUAAAUCGAAAGAUAGUUUACAACGAUCAAGACAAACCUCGCAUAAUGGCAAUAGACAAUUCAUUGUAACAUUUCCAAAAUCACUGUCAUAAAAUAUACAGUUUACCAAAUGUGGUAAUAAUUACCAAUAGAAAGAAAAUACCACGAUUAGUAAGUCAAUAACAUAUCAUUUAUAUUUUAAAAUAACAUACAUAUAAGAUCAGAGGUUGGUGUUAAUUUUGAGAGUAAACUAAAUUUAAUACCAAAUACUUACCAUGUCGGGAUAAUAGCAUGAGGUUUUUUCUUGGUUUUUUGAGUUGGUUGAGUUUUUGUCAGCUUUCCGUAAAGUUAUCGUUUUCUCAUAUUUAAUUCUCAGCAAUCUUCUCUGAUAUUCUUUUUCUGUAUAAGUAUUGCGUGGAUACCGUAUGUAGUCCUUCGACUCUGAUCUGUGUUUGUGUUGGUGCCGCUCUCUUGGGCGUGAAGUAUUUCAUGAUGAUUCUUAGGGUACGAACAUGCCGAAGAUACAUGGAUGUACGCGAUGUAGGUUGCGAUCGCGGUCGCUACAUCGAUGUCAAAACAAACCUUCACUUUCGUAUGAGAUCGCACAUACCAAGGAUAUGUCACCCGUUCAUCCUCGUGACCUAUCAUCGCGGUUUACAGCGAUGUCGAUGCCAAAACAAAAUAGUUUGUUUUACAUCGCGAUAGAGCUGCUGAUCGCGUGGUAAAUUAAAGUUUAUUGGUGGUUUUUAAACCACGUGAUAUUUGCCGGAGGUACGGCUGGUGUAUUUAUUCAUUUCUUGUUGUAUUCAGGUUGCGACAAGUUUUGGAUAUAUGGAAACCGCAAAGAACACUGAAAAGAAGGUAUCUUCGGGUAAAAACAUGCCGAAGAUACAUGGAUGAGCGCGGUGUAGGUCGCGAUCGCGGUCGAGGUUUACAUGGAUGACGGGCAGAACAUACCGAAGAUACUUUCCGUAUCCUGUUUUGGCAUCGACAUCGCUUAAUACGUUCUUUAACGGUAAAAUAUUGCAAAACCUCUAAAUUUUAAAGAACACUUGGAUUGACAUGAAAUUUAGCAUACACAAAUACACAUAGCUAACAAGUCAAAGAAAAAAAGUGAUAUUGUGCCGAUAUGUGCUUUUGCUCCGGGGGGUGGUUUUCACCCCCUCUUGAGGGUAAAAAAAUAUUCGUCCAAAAUAAGUCCGGAAAUGGAUAAACUGACUAAUUCUAAGUAACUUUUGUUCUAUAGAGUUUUUUCACUAAGUCAAUACUUUUCGAGUUAUUUGCCAGUGAAUAUGUUUAUUUUUUCAACAAAAUAACCACGCUUUUAGACGGUUUUUAGCAAAUAACUCAAAUAGUAAGUAUUUUGUCGAAAAAACAUUCUUAGCAAAAAUAUAGCCUGUAAAAAAUUUAAAAACAUGGUGUAUAUAUCACGUCUCUAUGUCUAGUAAAAGCAGAGUUAUAGCUACAUAAUUAAAAAUAGGUUCAUAGGCUUUAAUGUGAAAUAACCAAAAAUGAAGCACAUUUCGGGGAAAACUCAUUACAACUUAUUUAAAGU